UGUGAGCAGGAUGUUUUGCGCACUGACCUACAUCCGGGGAAUUGAUCCUACGCGCGAAAUGGAGUGAUGUAAACACAACUACAAGUUUAGGGUAUGCCUUUGGAGUGUAGUGGUAAGGACAAUAUGCAGCUACGCCGCAAGUUGGGCGGUGGUGUGGCGACGGCCACCACUAGAAUAAGGAAACGGCGGAAGGAAACAGAUGCUGCUCCACCACAGGGAAAGAAAGCAAUGAAGGCUGGAUCCACCUCUCAAGUCAAGGAGUUGCAGCAAACCCCCCCUAGAAGACAACGGAAAGGUGGAAUAUCAAUACCUAUCACCAUUGACAACCAGGAACCAUCAUCAGCAAACUUCAUAUCCUCCGUCCCUGACACUAGCAAAGCAGUGUCGUUAUUUCCAGCUGCACACAAAAAGCCAUUGAAAAUCUUGAAAGAAAAUCCAGAAACUGGCUCUCCUCCCAGAAUUCCAAUGCUGGGAACCAUUUUUUCUCCUGUCUAUCACCAGUUGUAUGAAGAAGAAUAUGAGGAGAGAGACGGAUUGGAGUCUAUUGCCAAGUCUCUGGAUUUUGGGAGCAUGACAGAAUACCAGGAAGGGGAGGAGUCAGAUGGAGCCUCAUCAACCAAAGAAAACCAAGAGCCCUUUGAUGUACCCAUUGACAUUUGCACCAAUGAGAAGAUAGCUCUGGAGGACAAUAAUAAUCUCGUGUGCGGGAAAACCGAGACCAUCGAAUGCGAAGCGUUAGAUGAUGGCGAAUAUCAAGAUGAAGUAAUGGCGGACGACUUUGAGGCUGAACCGUUUGAUCCAUUCCUCUUUAUCAGAAGUUUACCCCCUUUGACUGAUGAGCUCAGAGCAAAGCACCCAGCCCUCCCUCUGAAGACUCGCAGUUCUCCAGAAUUUUCACUUGUCCUUGACCUGGAUGAGACCUUGGUCCACUGCAGUCUGACUGAGCUGGAGGGGGCAGCAUUUACUUUUCCUGUUUUGUUUGAAGAAGUUACAUACCAGGUGUUUGUAAGAACAAGGCCCCACUUUCGUGAGUUCCUUGAGAAGGUCUCGGAAAUGUUUGAAGUCAUCUUGUUCACAGCCUCCAAAAAAGUCUACGCAGAUAAACUUGUGAAUCUAUUGGACCCACAGAAACAGCUGAUAAAGCAUCGGUUAUUCCGUGAACAUUGUGUGUGUAUAAAUGGAAACUACAUCAAAGAUUUAAGCAUUCUGGGUCGUGACCUUUCAAAAACCAUCAUCGUAGACAAUUCACCACAGGCGUUUGGGUAUCAGCUGGCCAAUGGAAUUCCCAUUGAGAGCUGGUUUGUCGACAAAGAUGACAGAGAGUUACUCAAUCUCGUACCAUUUCUACAAAGUUUAGUGCAUAAGAAUGAGGAUGUGCGCCCCCAUAUCAAGGACAGGUUCAGACUUCAUGAAUUACUACCACCAUUACCUGGGGUCGAAAGUUUAGAGGUUGAAAGUUCAGAUGUAGAAAGUUCAGAAACGGACCAACAAAUGCUGGAAACGACAUAGUGAUAUUCUGAAACUGGACAGGAAAAAAAUAUUUGAUGGGUUGUUCUUCGAUUUGUUUACAUUACAUAACUUUUGAUGUAAAUUUUAACAAGUCAUUAUUUUAAAAAAUGGAGGCAGUAUAUUUAUAUAAUUGAAUAGGGCAGAAAUAUAGCAAUACUUAGGUAUCACCAUUUUAGUUAUGUAGUUGUGAUCAGAAUUGCUUGAUGAAGUCCCUAAUUUUUUUUUUUUUUUUUUUUUUUUUUUUUUUUUUUUUUUUGGUCGUGGAGAGAAUUUGAAGAAAAGUGGAUUGAUUUCUUAUUUUUAGACUUUAUAUUGUGUAUUGUACAGAGGAAGCCGAAAUUAUUUUAAACUUGAAACAGUAUUUAUUCUUCAAUGAAAUUUUUAUUGGUGAAUGAAUUGGAGAAAAAUGUAUGUGAAUAGAAUUUUUUUGUUAAGUACAGAUUUAUUGUGUGAAAUUG